AGCUAUGAAGUUCCUCAAGGUCGGCCGAGUGGCCAUCAUCUCUCGCGGUCGUUACGCCGGAAAGAAGGUUGUCAUUGUCCAGCCCCAAGACAAUGGCAGCAAGAAGCACCCCUUCCCUCACGCUCUCGUCGCCGGAAUCGAGCGAUACCCACAACAAAUCACCCGCCGCAUGAGCAAGACCCGACAGACCAAGCGCAGCAAGGUCAAGCCCUUCAUCAAGGUUAUCAACUACAACCACUUGAUGCCAACACGCUACACGCUCGAGCUCGAAGGCCUCAAGGGCGUCGUCACCAACGAGACUUUCACCGAGGUCACCCAGCGCGAGGAGGCUAAGAAGACGGUCAAGAAGGCUUUGGAGGAGCGCUACGUGAGCGGAAAGAACAGGUGGUUCUUCACCCCUCUCAGAUUUUAGAUGCAAAUUUUCGAAGCGGGAUUGGAACAAGGUGUGCAUGAAUGCAUGGGCGUUAUGGACUGCAUCUUGCGGUCCGGAGGGAAACGCUCGAUAGGCAGCCUAGAUAUCUGCCGCAAAUGACCCUUCAAGAACAGUCUGUCGGUCUUCCGCGUCGAGUGAAAUUGUCGGUGUGAUGUUAUGGGACGAUUGGCAGGGAAGUGGGACAAGGGCACGAACCGAUCGAACAACACAGACCAUCUCGC